UUUUUGACUUCCUUCCUGUGGUCCGACCUUUCCACCUCUAAAAAAGCCAAGUGGAAUUUUGCCUUCUCUUCUGGGGGGGAAGAUCCCCUUGUCUUCAGCUCGGUCUCCUCUGCUCUCCCCCCCCCCAUAAACUUUUCAGAGACUGGGGGAUUGCUAUGGAGCCCAGGGAAAAUUUAGGCCCUUCCCGGCCGAGAGGAAGUGAGACGGACUUCUUGGCAUCUACCAUUACUUCUGCCAAAGCUCCUUCUGCCCUUGCAGGAUCUGGGGAGAUCCUGCUCUCUGCGUCCAGCUCUGCGAAAGGGAUCUCGGGGAGCGGGGAUCACCAUCGUAUGGAAAUUGAGGAAGAGGAUGAGCUGUGCUCCAGGAGGGAUGUGGAUUCGAUUUCCAACGCCGACAGCGAAAAGUGGGUAGCCGGCGAUGGUCUGGAGGAACAAGAAUUCUCCAUCAAGGAGGCCAACUUCACCGAGGGAAGCUUGAAGUUGAAAAUCCAGACCACCAAGAGGGCCAAGAAGCCCCCCAAAAGCCUAGAGAACUAUAUCUGCCCUCCAGAGAUCAAAAUCACCAUUAAGCAAUCUGGGGAGCCCAAACUUUCAAGAGGUGGGAAAAACAGCAAAGCCUCCAGAGAAGAAGACCACGCUCACUCCAAAAAGAAGGGUUAUGACCGGCUACAGAAACAUUCCGUGGUUCACUACGAUCCAGAGCUACCCCAGGAUUUCACCAGUGACACCUUAAAAUCACGGCACCAGCAAAGAAAUAGCAACCAACAUCAUCUCGACUGGUCGUUGACAUCUGAGUCUGGAUCGACAUCUCAAGCUUGCUUCGUUGCUCCGGAGUCCAACCGAGAAGCCACUAAUUCCCCUAAGAUCUCGGGGUUAGAGGCUGGGCUGUCAUUCAGCAAAUCUCAAGUUAAGAAGGCAAAUUCCAGCAGCGCCUGGGCUCAGCUGACCAGUGGUGGUGGUAACAAAGACCAUUCCUCUUGCACUGCAGCCGCGGGGUCAAACGCUCUUGGAUUAGCUUCCCAGUCUAACAAUCUGGUUGACUGCAGUGGAUUUUUAAAUCAAGAGGGAGGGGGACAAGCAGACCCCCUCGAUCAAACCAGCACUAGCUCCAAGAAAAAAUCCAGUAAGAAAGACUUAAUCAACCAGACCACCCUAAAUACAGACCUAGAAUGGGUGAAGAACCCUCAGAAGUCAUUGGAAGGCCAACCCAAUGUCAACAUGGAUGGCAAAAAGGAACCCAGCGCAACCAAGUCACCGUCGCCCCGGCAAAGCCCAAACUCAGCCAACCUGUCUGAAAAUGAUACGAGCCACGUGCGAAUUACUAUCCCGAUCAAAGGUCCAAUAGGGGAACCACCUGGCCACAAAAGGAAGAAAAGACAGUCAACCAAAGUUGCUCCCGACAAGACAGAGAAAUCUACAUUUCCUGGGCAACCUGUAAACAGUGAUGUAGCCAGCCGGAGUAGCACCCAAGUAGACUUGUGUCAGAAAGAUCCCCGUGUCACAAAGCCAGCGAAAGCUCCUGAGAUCGAAUCUCCCUCCGUGGUAUCCAUGGAAAAAAACGAGAUGACCAAUAAAUCACCCUCGAGCAACGCGACCAGGCUCAAAAAGACGCCAACCGUCACGUCCGUUCCGGUGACAAAUGAUAUCCCUGCCCCCAGCAAGCAUUUAGAGAUUCAGCACCCCAAAUUUUCAGCCAAACGAAGGUGGACUUGUAGCAAACCUAAAAACAUGUUCCGGGAACCUUCUCUGAGUCCAUCUGAGAAACUGAUGUUAGAACCUCCAUCUGCUUAUCCCAUAACGCCAUCCAGCCCUCUAUAUACCAACACAGACAGUCUGACGGUGAUCACUCCCAUCAAGAAGAAGAGGGGCCGACCCAAGAAGCAACCUUUGCUCACCGUCGAGACCAUCCAUGAGGGAACAUCCACCAGCCCAGUCAGCCCAAUCAGUCGGGAGUUCCCGGGUACAAAAAAGAGAAAGAAGAGGCGAAACUUGGUGAACCUGACUCAGAUGCCUUUGGGAGAGGAACACUCGGCCGGUGAGUUGAAAUUUCACAAAAAGGUGGGUAAACUUGGUGUCCUGGAUAAGAAGACCAUCAAGACUAUCAACAAAAUGAAGACCCUCAAGAGGAAGAACCUCUUGAGCCAGAUCUUAUCGUGUUCCAGUAACAUAUCUUUGAAAGCCAAAACCCAGCCACCGGCCACCUCGGGGGCUCCAACGAUCGACGCGAGGUUAGGAAAGCAAAUCAAUGUGAGCAAACGAGGGACGAUCUACAUAGGCAAGAAGAGAGGAAGAAAGCCAAGAUCUGAGUUGCAGUCUCCACAGGAAGACCCUAAGGCGGUCAUCAAACAUUUGAGGCCUGUAUCUAGCCAGCCCGAUCACCCAGCCGUGCCUUCAACCUUGCAAUCUCUCGUGACGUCCUCACCAGCAACGGUUCACCCACUGUCCAUGCAGCUAGCGGGCUCUCACGACAACCUUAGCCCUGCCAGGACUGACACCAAUUUUUCAGAGUUAAAGACAAUGCCAAAUCUACAACCCAUCAGUGCACUCCCCACCAAAACUCCGAAAGGAAUCCACAGCGGGACUUGGAAGUUGUCCCCACCCAGGCUCAUGGCCAAUUCUCCUUCCCACCUGUGCGACAUCGGUUCUCUGAAGGAAAUCACACUGUCUCCUCUGAGCGAGUCCCACAGCGAAGAAACCAUCCCAAGCGACAGCGGGAUUGGUACAGACAACAACAGCACCGCCGACCAAGCCGAGAAGACUUCAGAAUCGCGUCGAAGAUACUCCUUCGAUUUCUGUAGUCUGGACAACCCAGAAGCUGUCCAGUCGGACACCAGCAGUAAGAACAGGCACAGCCACCGGCCAAAGCAUCUCAUGGUGGACAACUUUCUCUCCCACGAGUCCAUGAAGAAGCCAAAGCACAAGAGGAAGCGGAAAAACCUACAGAACAGAGAUGACCUCCAGUUCCUGGCUGAUCUAGAGGAACUGAUCAGUAAGUUCCAAGUCUUCAGAAUUUCUCACCGAAGCUACACGUUCUAUCACGAGAAUCCGUACCCCAGCAUUUUCAGGAUCAACUUUGAUCCCUACUAUCCUGUGCCAUAUAUCCAGUAUGACCCAUUGCUGUAUCUUCGCAGGACCUCCGACAUGAAGUCUAAGAAAAAGCGCGGUCGGCCUGCCAAAACCAAUGACACCAUGACGAAGGUGCCUUUCUUACAAGGGUUUGGUUACCCUAUUCCCAGCGGGAGUUACUAUGCACCCUACGGAAUGCCUUACACAUCAAUGCCUAUGAUGAACCUGGGCUACUACAGUCAGUACCCGGCCCCGUUGUACUUGUCUCACACCCUGGGCACGGCGUCUCCUUUCAUGAGGCCGACAGUGCCCCCUCCCCAGUUCCAUCCAAGUUCUCACAUGAAGAUGCCCAACACUGCCAAGCAUAAAGCCAAGCACGGCGUCCACUUGCAGACGCCCGUAGGGAUGGGCCUCGGAGAGGUCCAUUCCUCGUUGACCUCUGCCAAGGUGUCGGGGACCAGCUUAUCCAGCGGCCGACUUCACAAAAGGAAACACAAACAUAAGCACAAACACAAGGAGGAGCGGAUAUUGGGGGCUCACGAUGACCUCAGCAGCCUCUUUGCAAGCAAGUCACCGGGCUUCUCCAGCCAUUCGGUGGGGGAGAGGUUAAAUGUCUCCGAGAAAGACAUCUCCUUGUUGACCGAGAAAGGCAAACACAAGGACAAACAGAAGCACCAGCACUGCGAAGCUGGGCACAAGGGGGGGGCCAAGAGUAGCUUCGAGGUGGACACCCUCUCUACGUUGUCGCUCUCCGACACUCAACAGUGGGUCAAGGAGAAGAACAACUCAAGCAGUGAUGAUCCCUGCCUGAAGAAGUACGCUGGGAACACAGAGAGCAGUACGAGAGCCGAUGUGAUGGAUGUCUUUGGCGAGAUGAGUUCCGCCAGCGACAAGCGUGACGGGGACUCCAGUGGAGCAAAGAGAAGGAGCUUUGACGGAUUUGGGACCUACAGGGAGAAGGACUUUCAGACGUUCAGAGCAAGUAGGAAGGACAGGAACUCGUACGAUUCCUCAACUGUUUCAGG